UCAUUCGGUCAGUCAGUCAGACAAGUUGUUGAGCAGCGACUGCUUCGUCUUCGCCGUCGUCUUCAACUGCAAUCUAAUUCAAUUGAAAUUAAAACGCAAAUUGACAAUUAUACAGAGAAUCUCCGGGAAGAGAAUCUGCUAGUAUUUCACAGUUGAUGCGUGGACAGCAGCAGCAGAACAAUGAGCGCUGUGCCGGCAACGGCAACGGAACAGCUUGAAAUGAAACGAUCCACAUCGAUGCCAGUGAAGCCAAGGCCACUGGAUCCCCCACGACCCUUGUCGCGCUGCCCCGAAAAGGAGACGGUCAAUGAUAACGCAGAAGUUGACUACUAUCCAGAGAGUCCAAAUUGCUCUCGGCGACGUAAAUCCAAGCAGACGUCGCCCGAUCAAUUUGAGACGCGCAGCGUGCAAAACUUUCCUUAUACGCUGGACUGGGCGGGCAGCUCCAUUGAGCUGAGUCCCGAUGCGGAUGCAGAUGGAUUGCGUCGCAGCAAUCAUCGGGUGAUGGAUAAGAAUGGACAUGAGAAUAUCUUGUUCCGGCGGAUACCGGAGAAGUCGUGGCGCUAUAUGCGGGAUGCGAUCACCACGCUGAUCGAAAUGGAGUGGAAAUAUAUGCUGACAAUUUUUGUGGGCAGUUACUUUAUCAGCUGGAUCUUCUUUGGCGUACUCUGCUAUAUGGUCGCCUAUUCGCAUGGCGAUUUUAUUUUCGAUCCGAUUAGUGGUCAGCGCUUGGGCGAAGGCAACGAUCCAUGCAUUUAUGGUGUAACCAAUUUUGUGGCCAUGAUGAUCUACUCGAUUGAGACGCAGACGACGCUGGGCUUUGGUGAGAAAUACGCCAGCGAGGAAUGCCCCGAAACCAUUUUCCUCUUCGUCAUGCAAAUGAUGUGCGCCGCAGGCAUUGAGGGAAUCAUGAUUAGCAUUAUCUAUGCGAAAACGGCGCGACCAGCGAGACAAUUAACCAAGCUGAAGUUUAGCGACAAGGCAGUGAUUUGUUAUCGCGACGGCAAACUUUGUUUGUUGUUUCGCGUUUGCGAUCUGCGCCAACAACAAUCCAUCGAGUCCAAAAUACGCGUCUACGUGAUUGUGGACAAACCUACACGUGAGGGCGAGCUAAUUAAGACGCACACGCAGUUGCGGCUGGAGGGCAACGGGGAGCAGCUGAUUGUCUGGCCGGACCUUGUGUGCCAUGCCAUCGAUGAGACAAGUCCACUUUAUCACCUCAGCAAUGCGAAGCAGUUUAAUGCCGCACAAUUUGAGCUGUACGUGACAAUUGUGGGCACAUCACCGACGACAGCACAAAGGACCGAGGCGAAGACCUCGUUUGUGCCGCGCGAGAUAUUCUGGGGUCAGCGUUUCGUCAACAUUAUCCAUUACGAUGCGGCCAAUGAGCGAUAUUUUGUGGACUACGAGAACUUCAAUACGACCAUAUCGGUGGACAUGCCCGUCAAGCUGACGCCGGCCGAGCAGUUGCAACAGAAGCAGCUAGAAUUGGCAUACAGAAAGUAACAUCUAAUGCAAAUACACAAUCAAUAUAUAACUUAUAAAAUCACAUAUAUACUGAAAUCAAGACCAGAAAAACAGAAUUAAUUGUUGCUAACACUAUUUACUAUUUACUAUUACUAUUUAUUUUAACAAUCUUUACCAAACAGUAUAAUUUGUUGUUCUUUAAUUUAUGAACUAUUAACAACAUUUGUAUGCAUUUUAUUCAACCUCCACUUGCAGCAUUAUUAAACCUUAAUUGAACAAUCUAAUAAAUUGUAGCAUAGAAUACAGCAUACUGAAUAUAUUAUCUUAAGGAUAUUAAACAAUAGGAAACUUGACUUAUUAAAAGUAUUUACCACAGAUAUGCCACAUAUUAUGCACAAUUAAACAAUAAUAAACAUAAAUAUACCAUUUA